GCGCUGUCCCCGCUUCCCAGGGAGCGCCCGGCUCCGGCAAGUCCCUCCUCCGCCUCGGCACUGCGGGCCGCCUCCCUCCCUCCCUCCAUCCCUCCCACGGCCGUAGCCUCCUCCGGCGGCAGCGGCGGUGCCCGCCGGCCCCAUGGCGGCGGAGCCCCAGCCCAAGGCGCUGACUCGCAAGCCCCUCCUGCUGAACAAAGUGGAGGGCUCGCAGGAUGUGGUGAACAUGGCAGCGAUAGUGCCCAAAGAGGACGGGGUCAUCAGCGUCUCGGAAGACAGAACAGUUCGUGUCUGGCUGAAGAGAGACAGUGGGCAGUACUGGCCCAGUAUAUACCAUGCAAUGCCAUCUCCAUGUUCAUGCAUGUCUUUUAACCCGGAAACCAGAAGGCUGUCCAUAGGUCUAGACAAUGGUACAAUCUCAGAAUUCAUUUUAUCAGAGGAUUACAACAAGAUGACACUAGUGAAAAGUUACCAGGCUCAUCAGAGCAGGGUCAUCAUGAUUCUGUUUGUCCUGGAGAUGGAGUGGGUGUUGAGCACGGGCCAAGACAAGCACUUCACGUGGCACUGUUCGGAGAGCGGCCAGCGGCUGGGCGGGUACCGCACCAGCGCGGGCGCCUGCGGUCUGCAAUUUGAUGUGGAAACUCGGCAUGUGUUUGUUGGUGACCAUUCUGGGCAAGUGACCAUCCUCAAACUAGAGCAAGAGUCCUGCAGCCUUGUCACCACAUUUAAAGGACACACAGGUGGUGUCACUGCUCUCUGCUGGGACCCAAUACAGCGAGUUUUAUUCUCAGGCAGUUCUGAUCAUUCCAUUAUCAUGUGGGAUAUUGGAGGAAGAAAAGGAACAGCCAUCGAGCUGCAAGGACAUAAUGAUAAAGUCCAGUCUCUGUCCUAUGCUCACCACACUCGGCAGCUCAUCUCCUGCGGUGCAGACGGGGGAAUUGUCGUCUGGAACAUGGAUGUUGAGAGGCAGGAGACCCCGGAGUGGCUGGAUAGUGACUCCUGUCAAAAAUGUGACCAGCCUUUCUUCUGGAACUUCAAGCAGAUGUGGGACAGUAAGAAAAUAGGCCUCAGGCAGCAUCACUGCCGGAAGUGCGGGAAGGCCGUGUGCGGGAAGUGCAGCUCCAAGCGCUCCUCCAUCCCCCUGAUGGGCUUCGAGUUCGAAGUGAGGGUCUGCGACAGCUGCCACGAGUCCAUCACGGACGAGGAGAGAGCACCUACAGCUACUUUCCAUGACAGUAAGCACAACAUUGUUCACGUACACUUCGAUGCCACCAGGGGAUGGCUGCUGACCUCGGGAACAGACAAGGUCAUUAAGUUGUGGGAUAUGACACCAGUAGUAUCUUGAUGUUACAUCAGUGGAAUUUGAAAGGUGAUAUUUACAGAAGAAACGGAUUUCCUAACCCCAAUUAUACUGCAGAAGAUAGAUAACACUGGGCACAUAUGGCUGAUGACAAAGGAACUAAUGUGUUUACAACAACUUUAUGUCCUCUGCUUGAUCCAGGCUGAACAUUUGCACGAAGACUCUUUCCACUUCUUCUCAAAAUAUACAAGAAGGUAUUUUUUUAACUAACGGUUUGUACGAUCUGACUUUGGUUGUCUUGAGUUCGUUUGGAAAAAUCUGUGUGCAGUGCAAUUUUUAGUUUUUAUAUUUCAGUAUGUCAAGAUACUUGCUGCUUUGUACAGAGGGUUCUUGAGUUGUGUCUUCCUCUGUGAGUUUUCGGUGUCAACAGACUGUGUAAGGCAAUUGGCUCUCCCUGCAGCCAGUACUUGUUGGUUUGGGAUAUUCCUGCUGACCAUGCUCUUUCCAGAGGAGGAAAUCCAGGCAUGGUCUCUGGGUGCAUCACUGAGGAGCUGAUGGACUAUUGCAAUUCCUAAAAGGGCUCUACCAUCUACUUGUCCUAGUUGACAUCAUCCAGAGAGCAUUCAUUGGUCUGUAUAAUCUUCCUGCCUCUCCCUUUGCUGCACAAGUCGCAGAACCAAGGGUCAGGUUAUUCAGCAACUGAUUUCUACAGAAAACUGAAAUAGUUUUCCAGAUCAGAGCAUUCUAAGGAGCACACAGACUUGUUUGAGUUUGAUGAUGCUGACAGUCUGAUUCAAAUGAAAUUAUUGGCAACAGGAACUUUUGGGAGUGUGUGCAUGGAGGGGGGCAGAUCUAAAACUGGUCUAGAUCUGAAAAGUCUGGUUUAUCUCUACCUCUACCUCUACCUUGCACAGCAACAUUUCAGCAUUUAUACUUGUCUGUGUUGUUGAAGAUGAAUUUUGUUCUUCCUGUUUUCCAUAUGGUUAGUCAUAUUUAUUUUUUUAAAUGCUGAUAGUUUUUAUUAAUUUUCUCUAUAGACCCAGAAGUGAUAUUGCUGAAUGAUGCCCAUUGUCCUGUUGUCAUACUUUACAGUUUCUCUUAAUAAUAAACAGUAUUUAAAAACCUG